CACAGGACUACAACGCACAACGCUUUAAUCUAUCACCUAAAAAUUCCCCUACGUUUCGUCUUUUCCAACAAGCACAAUGGCUUUCACCGCGAGCGAUAUUUGCAAGAUCAUUCUUGCCGUCAUCCUCCCCCCUCUGGGUGUUCUCCUCGAGCGUGGCUGCGGUGCUGACCUGCUCAUCAACAUCCUCCUCACCGUUCUUGGUUACCUCCCUGGUAUCAUCCACGCCCUGUACAUCAUUUUGAAGUACUAAGCGGGCGACUCGUCUUCACUGUCGCGGUAUGCUUGGUCGACUGCGUCGCAAAUCGUCAACUUCAAUUGCCUGCUUGCUACGAGUUCCGACUGUCGUACCGAUUUUCGCAAACCAAACCCACUCAAGACCGAAAGCGAAAGCCACCAUGCCUGACGACGACCCGUGACCUGGCCGGCCUUCGGUGCAUUACGAGGACGCGCACACCACCAGCAACGCCAGAACCCACACCCCAUCCAACCGCCCAACCAAAUCCUGCCCGUCUGCCAUCGGCAAUGUCCCGGGGCCCCACCGUCUCUCUUGGCGGUCUCAGUACUCCCCUGUAAUCACCCCAGCAAUGCGUUUCUCUUCACACAUCAUGGCGACGGCCUGUUUUCGUUCCUGUUGUCUGCUGUCUCCUGUUGCAUUAAUUCGCAGUUUCUUUUCUGGCUGCGACGGACGUUCAAGAAACUGGAGGGAAGCAAUUACG